CUGAGCAUCUUGCAGAGGAGAGCCCAGAGCCCAGCACAGCCCCAGCACAGCCCUGCUCACCAGCCCUCGGCCCCACAGCACCAUGAAGGUCUUGGCAGCCGCCUUGGUCGCUCUCCUGCUCGUGGCCUCCUGCUCCCCAUCCGAGGCUCAUCUUGACGGCGUUCCCACCAGCUGCUGCUUCACCUACCAGCAACGCCCCAUCCCCCGGAGCCUCAUCAGCUCUGCCUACACCACCAGCAGCAACUGUGCCAAGCCAGGAGUGAUCCUGGUCACCAAAAGGAAGAAGAAGGAGCUGUGUGCAGACCCCCAGGCACCCUGGGUGCAGGCACACCUGAAGCACUUUGAGACCCCAAAGAACUGACUCAUCCCACUCCCCCACCAUGCCUGCUGCUGCCCUGGCAGGGCUGGCUUCCAGCCCCUGGCACGCUGGGCAGUGCUGCAUCUGCAGCCCUCUUCAUCUGGAACAUUUCUUCUAUUUAACUUAUUUAAGUGAAACUAAAUAUAUUUUGCUAAGAAAAGGGAAAAUGUAAAAAUAAUCUAUAUGUGAAUAAUUUAAACUAAACAUAAUUUAAACGAUGCCAAUGUGCCUGUGAAGGAGAAGUUCUGAUGACUAAAUAAAGUGUUUGUGCUGUCAGCCCCUUGGA